GUGAGCAUUCCCAGCGUGGUGGCGGAAACGACAAGUCAUUGGCUGGUUCCUAACGUAGGCUCUGUGAUUGGCGUUGCGUUGUUUACGCGGUUGUACCAGCAGCUGAUGUUCGGGUGCUCUAUUCGGACAAGUACUUCUAUUCACCAGUCGACGGAAAAAUAGAAUAAUCUCUAUUGUGAUAGCCCCCCAUUAUGAAGUAAAAAUGAGCUCGAAUACUUUCAUGGACUCGUUUUUGGGGAGCAAGUAUGCCAGCGAUGCCGUUUCUUCAGCCGCCGCACUGCAAAGCUACGGCCAUCACCCCCAACAUAGGAUGUAUCCCUAUGGAUCUCUGUCUCCACAAUCCUCCGUGGCAGUCUCCGGUACACUCUACUAUACUUCCAAUCCGGAUCUGGCUAAAUCUUGUCGGUACAAUUCUACAGGCCAAAGCAACGGUUUAGACAUUUCCAGUACGGGGUACGCUUUUAACCUGCAAAACUGCGGCGUCUCUGGUUCAACUGCCGCCGCUCAAGCUAUGAUGGCCCCGGCGCAAUUUUUGCCCCAUCCUGCGGCAGAUUUGGCAUCUUCUCUCAGCCCAUGUUCCCAGCUGGGCUACCGACAACUGGACCCCAUACCAGAUGUCCCCCGUUACCCCUGGAUGACCAUAGCGGGGUGGACAGAACACUCGCUCCAUGCUGGAUACAGAUCUUUAAGAAGUCCAAAUGGGUGCCCUAGGCGACGUGGUCGACAAACAUAUACCCGGUUCCAAACCCUUGAACUGGAAAAAGAAUUUCACUUCAACCAUUACUUGACUCGACGGAGGCGGAUUGAGAUAGCUCACGCUCUUUGCCUCACAGAGAGACAGAUUAAAAUAUGGUUUCAGAACCGGCGUAUGAAGCUCAAGAAAGAACUUCGGGCUGUCAAAGAAAUAAACGAGCAGGCUAGAUUAGAAGCCAAACUAAAAGAUCAGGAUGACGGAAAACGAAAAAGCAACUCAUCUAGCGGUAGUGACAAGAAAGAUUCUUCGUCAUCGGCGACCAGUAAAGAUCAGUACUCCGAGAAAGUGAAACAUGAUACAGAUGGUGAUGCACGAGGAAGGAGAGAGAGUCUUCAGGAUGAGGACAACGACUCCAGAAAUUCCACCAACACGGAUAUCAGCACCACAUCCGUAGGUGAUAUUGUGGAUACAAGCCCUAGGGUCGAUCAUUUGGUAGCCAGACCUCUGAUUCCUAGCUCUGAUGAAGCUAGUUUGCCGUAAAUAUACUGACCUUCAUCUGGAUCAUCCAGAUUGGGCAAAUGAUUACCAAUAUACGACGUUACUGAAACAAAUUUCUCUGUGUUGCUGCUUCUACAAAAACCGUAGAGUUUAUUUGAUUUUAUUUAAUUUCACCUUUCAAAAUGGAAGUGAAAAUUUGCCAUUUAGGGUUCCCACGUUGAUGCACAAUGUUACUUCUGAAUUUCGAUCUAUCAGUGGUUUUGACAUGCUCAAUCUGAUGACGAUAGGUUUUAUUAUUUCGUAGGUAUUUUUUUUAACCUUCAUGUGAGCCUCAGCACAAAGCAGCUAAACGCCUUUCCGAUAUACGUAGUAGAUAUUACAGAAAGACAUAGAAUGCAUUUCCCUCGUACAAAGUACUUCCCAAAGGUAAUGUAACGUGAUUCAAGUAAUAAAAUUCAAUUUGUAUCAAUAUAUUUGAACUCUGUAAUUUAGAUGAAAUCUCAUUAGCAAAUAUUUGAACAUUUAUCCAUGGCAUUCAUACACUUACGAAUGUGGGAACCCUACGUUUCUUAGGCAUGCAAUGGACACUCGAGGCAUUCAAUAGUCCCAGAAAUUUUGUUUUUUGUAAUAUAGCCGGAGUUUUAACUCCCGACUCCCGAGAAUUGUUGCAAGAACAAAAGCAUCUUCUUUCGAAUAAUUUUGUACUGUGUCUUAUCAUUGAGUGUUUCUAUACGUAUUUCAUCGUUUUCUACAUGAAACUGAGACACCGUUCGUUAUCAGUUAUUUUCUCUUUGUAUGUGUUGAUGACUUUAAAGGAACUUAAAUGUUUGUAUAGAUUUUAAAUGACCCAUCACUUGUUUGUUGCUAGAUAGAGAAGUGUUUUAUGUUAAAUUACUCGUGAAGAUAAUUUUGGAAAUCAUAUAUAUAUUGAAAUUUGUUUUCGUUUAUAAGUUUGUGUGACAUUCCUUAAAUUUUUCAUCGGAUCAGCUGUGCAGUUCAACUUAGCUUACUUCUCUGCAAUUUUCUAAAUGACUGUAACACUGAUGAAGACGAAAUCAAUUCUAAUGUAUGUCUAUUGUUGUCUUAUAUAGUAGGUUUUUGUUAUUAGGCCCUAAGACACUGUAAAAAAGUGCUCGAAGUUUGUUGUCACACAAACAAAAUUUAAUUCAAUCGUCCGUUGUUGUUGUUUUUUUUAUGUAAGAGUGAUUGGAGAAUUAUAUUUAUUGGUAAAUAUUUCGAAGCUUUUAAGCCAAUAAAAAAUUUACGUAAAAAACAGCAAGUUCUGUCAAAUGAUAAUCUUAUCAAGUGCAAUUUUUACAGUUUUCUGCAUCCUUCAUUCUUUUAUUUAAUGUGUUUCUAAUUUAAUACCAAUACAAAUCAAGCGUUGGAUAAUGUACCAGAAUUUAGUGCGUAUUUUUGAAAACUUGUAACGAUAAGCAUAUUUUGGCCAGUUCUCCCAAUAAAUCCAAUACACAUUGGAUUACAAUUUCAAUACAAUGUUGAAACCUAACAUGUUAAGAAUUUCAAACAUCGAGACUUAAAAAACCCAACAGCAAAAUACUUAAUUAUCAUGUAUCACUUUCAUUCGUUAAAGUCUCAUAUGUUUCACUGUUACAUUUUUAAAUUUAAAUUAAUUGUUUUUAUUUAAUUUUGCAAGCAUCCAGCAUGUUACCAUUGUAUUAAAAGUCAAUGUCAUUAUUUGUUAAUAUGUUAAUAUUUUUGUUUUAUUGUCAAUCAUCGAAUCAUAAGUUUGUUGUUAAAUUUCUUACUCUUUGUUGAAUAUCAGGUUAUGCGAACUUCUGAAAAGUUCAGUUAAUUGUUAGAAUAUUUUAAGCGUUAUUUUUCUUCUAUUUGAUUUGAUUCCUUUCUUUCUCUGUGAUGAAAAUGUUAUAACUUUAAAUAAAUCAGAUUUUAUUGUAUAAAUGGCAAUAGAGGAGAAAACAUUUGCAAUGCAUUAGUUAAACAUUUCCUCAGUCUAUUACCUUGAUUAAAUAUUUUGGUUAAUUUUAUGGUGUUGAGUAUAUGAUGUUUUGCAAAGGUUUUUGAAUCCAGUUAUUUGUAGUUUUAAUAAUGUUGGAAUGUUAUCAUUGGUUUUUUUUUUAAUGAUCACAUAUUAUUGGCAAGUCAACGAAGACAAUAUUAGAAUUGAGUCUGUUGUAUAUUGUAUUAUCACAUUACUAACAUUUCGAGAAAAUUCAAAAAAUGUGUUUAAUAACUCUAGAAACUUUUACAUAAAUGACGAAUAUAAUAUGCUAUAUAUUUUUAUGAUUUUAUUAAAUAUUAAAUACAUAUAAUAAUUCGCAAUUUAUUUAAGGAUUAUUGAAAAUAUCUUUCUAUUUUUGUGAAAUCUGAGGAGUAUUUUUUUCAUAAUUUUUUUUAUGAACCUUGCCUAAAUGUCCUAAAAACCUAAAAUGUCUUAUGCAAGUCAACAAAUUAAAUCUUAACUGUGCCUAUUACUCAUCAAAAUGCAUUCUACCUUUUAACAACAAGUUGAAGGCUUAAUUUCCAAAUAUUAGGACUCUCUACGAUUAAAUCUUUAGGUAAAUUUUCAAAAAGCCUUUAACACUUUAUAAGAAUGAAUAACAUUUAUUAAAUUCGCCUUGUUUUUAUCAUAUUUCUCUAAUAUCUCAGGAAACUUUUUAAAACGUAAGCUUUCAUAUUUAAAAACACGAGGUACUACUUAGGGCUAGAACUUCAUGUCUUUUGGUUAAUUUAAUGCUGGCGAAAUUUCGGGUUUAGCCGUUUUCUAUAGAGAGUAUAUUCAAUUCUUUUUCUCUCUGUAUAUACUCUGAAUUAUAGGUUUACAAUUUAUUUCUGUAUAUCUGAUAAUUACAGCCUUUUUAAAAAAAAUAUAUGAAUAUUUUCAGGAUUUAUUUUAAUGCUUCAACAUAUCCUUUUUGAGCUACUGCCAUUACCCAUGUUGCUCUCUAGGUACAUAGAAAAACAUAUAACAAUAUACGUACAACGUAUAUACGUAAACUUCGAAUUCAGAUAGUACGUAAUAAGAAAAUUAUAACGCAGUCCUUUGUAAGUAGGAGCAGAAGGAAUAUCAGAAAGAACUAUUUUAUAAAAAAAAAAAAACUGUUAGCUUAUGCUUUUAGAUUCAUCAGUUCCUUUUGCCAUGACUUGACAGUUCCUCAAAAAUUUACGCUUAGUCUUAAUUGGUAGUUAAAUACGCUCUGCGUGACAAUCUGAGAAAUUUUUAUAAUUGAAGGAGUAUUUAAAUUCUAUUUCAAGAAAAAAAAUGCAUCCAAUCGUAAUUUUUUUCGAAAUAUUUAAAUAUUCCUUCUAAAAUAUAAAUACUAACAAUCAUUUUUAUUUGCAAAUGGGUUUCUACAAAAUUAUUAUUUCCACAAUUAAAUUUUUAAUGAAUUUUUUUAUAUGGGUGUUUAUUUCUUCUUUUAAUAAAAGGAUAUUCAAAAGACUUCUUUAUUUCUCGUAUUUGUUUCAAUAUAUUGUUAGGGCUUCCAUCUAAUUCUUUUACAAUAGGAAUGU